AUGGCUCUACGUGUCCGUGUAAUCUCGCAGCAGCUGUGCCCACAGCCAGCGGCAAGCAAAUCUCUUGAAGAGAUCGUCUCAGCAGCUCUCGAAGAUGCGGCAAAGUACACAGCGGAUCUUGACGAGCUGAGAGCCAGCGGAAAGAUGCCAGGCAGCACGUACUAUGAUUUCAUGCAGGCUACAAAUCACCUUCUGCUGGUCAAUGCAAAGAGAGACUUGGUGCCACUGCUGCACGCUUCCGAGGAAGAAGGCGGCCUGGCAUUGACCAAAGUAUUGCCCGGGCCGUGGGACGAAGCCCACAGCAUAUCAGAGAAGGCUGGGCUGCUGCAGGAAGUGCAGAAAGCCUUUGCACGGGGCAGCAACGUGCAGCAGAUUGCAGCCUGGCAGCAGAAGUUUGGCAAACGUGGCCUCAGCAGCAACUUGGCCAUACCACAGGUGGUAAAUCGAGGGUCGGGCAGCCAGAUCGUCACCCGUGUCGACACCCGGGUCAUCGUUGCUGACCCGGACGAUUCGGCCAGACUUUCACGCAUACAUGUGGAGAAGGACGGACAGUUUGAGGCUGCAUUGAUGUCAAGUGUGAUAUCCACAACAGACAACACGGAAUGGAGAGCUCAACGGAAGCACUUGACGGAAGCAUUCUUGCCUUUGUCUUCCUUGGCUCAGAUCAUGCCAGUGUCCUUCGCUCGAGCUGCCAGCUGUGCUGAAAGACUGAUGCCUGCGGCCACAGGCGGCACGCCAGUAGACAUGAGCGAUUUCCUACUGCACGAGGCGCAAGCCCAGUUGCAGCUGGCUUUGCUCGGUUUGCCAGAGGAUCUCAUGAACAGCGUGAACGCUGAAAUGCGUUCUGCGUUUCACGGAAACCCAGGCAGCAACAAGAAGAAUGCGCUUGCAGACGCCAUGUCAAAGAUAAUAGCAAGCCUCGAGAAGCAGGACCUGACACUUCCGAGCUCAGGGUGUCCAGUGAAAGGCCCGUUGUCGAAAGUUUUGCGCACAGCCGAGCUUACGCCUGCGAGCUUCUAUGGCAACUUGCUGCUGAUCCUAUUUGCCGGACAUGACACGACCGGACACACUAUGACCUGGCUCUUGUUUGAACUUGCUCGCAACCCGCUCAUUCAGAGUUCUGUGCAGGCUGAAGUUGACGGCUUCUUCAGAGGGCUGGAUGGACGAGACCCCAACUACCAAGACCUCAGCCGACUUCCACUCUUGGAUAGAUGCAUUACUGAAACUUUGCGGCUUUGGCCGGCGGUUGCCAAUGGAACAUUUCGCCGACUUCAGUUCGGAGAUACAGUGAAAGGCCCAGACGGAAGGGAGGUGCAUCUGCCCAAAGGAACACUGGUCAACAUUGUGAAUUGGUCGAGACACAGGAAUCCGGAGGUUUGGGGGCAGGAUGCCAAUGACUUCAACCCAUAUCGAAACUUCGAAGCUUCUGAAGUAGCCCACGUAGGCUGCCCCAUGGCUGCUGUGAACCCGGAAUCGCCGCGAUUUUCUCCCUUUGCACACAAGCCUCGCAGCUGUUUGGGACGAAACUUUGCACAAAUGGAAAUGCGAGUGAUCAUGCUGAAUCUGCUCCGGAGUUUCACGUUCAGCCUUGCGCCGCCCUACGAUGCGCUCUAUUCGUCUAAGAUUAGCACGACGGAUCUCAACACCUUUCAUGGCGUAAACCGCUUCACCAUGGGCCCGCUUGAUCUGGAGCGCCAAGGCUUCAACAUCGGGCCACUUAACCACAUCGCCCUGACAGCGCAUCCAUGCUUCCUUGCAGCCAUGGGCAAGCACCCCGAUUUCUACACGAUCCUAGAGAUCAGCAAGGAUGCAAGCGUAGAAGAGAUUCGAAAGGCAUACUUGCGAGCAGCCUUGCGAUGGCAUCCAGACAAGAAUCCGGAGGAGAAAGACUUCGCCGAGACAAUGUUCAAAAGAGUGGCCCAGGCAUACAAGGUGCUGAGCGAUGACCUUCUGCGUUCUCGCUAUAAUACCUCUGGAGAGGGCGGUCUUGGACAUGAUUGGUGGCCUGAUGAUCCUGAAGCAAGUCGGGACAUGGCCUACCAAUUCUUCAUCCACCGCGUUCCUGGUAAAUCCCUGAUUGAAGGCUUCAGUGAGGCCAAGCUUCGAGAGAUCUUCCCACACCUUUUCGGACCUGGCCGAGUGAUGAACAACACCAGGACACACCAGCGCAGCCCGUUGUGA